AUGCUGCCCCCGAGAGGUGGGUUGAUCGUCCUGCUGCUGCUGGGGUUCGUCUCAUUCCCGAACCGGAGAGCAAUGCGUUGGAGCGCCAACUACAACUUUUACGGUGCAUCCGCCCAGUUCAAUACAACCAGUAUCACCUACCCACCAUGUCAACCGUUGUCAUAUUCUGUAACCUUCGGUAAUUCUCUCGAACCGGAGCGCUCAUAUCCCACUGCAGUCACCUAUGUGCAAACUUACCCGGAUGCCGUCAAGGCACGAUUUCUCCACGCUAACAGGGUUGGCCUCAGCUGGAAGGACGCUGCUCUAUCCAACGGGGUCAAGGAGAGGACGGCACGUGGCUGGGUUCAGCGUGCCCGAGCGACGGGAAACUACGACGUCCAUGAUUCGCGGCGUGGUGGAGCUCGCGACCGCUAG